CGGCUGGAAAGUCUAAGUAGACAGACAAGGGGGACAAAGAAAAGAUGACAAUGAAGCCACUUUCUGUUUGCCAUUAUUCUAUCGAAUUGUUGGUCACAAGUGUUAUACAUUCACUUUUUUACUUCAUCGACAAAGUCAGGUGCACCGAAGCCCCCACACUCGUCGGCGAAGAAGGGUACCCAGGUUGUAUCAAUGCACGGGUACUCAGAGUUUGUCCAGUCGUUAACUGGGGAACAGUAUGUCAUAGCUAGUCAAACGACAAUUCGCGAAACUCUGAAGACUCCCGCAAUGAACGUUAGGAGAGUUUUGUGCCAAGAGAUUGCUAGCACAUACGAUUCACAAGUUGACGCGUUUGUAAUACGCGGGGUACCUAUGAGAAUAACCUUGCAAGACGUAGAACACAUCACAGGCCUGCCUAGCAUGGGGAGGGACUAUGUCCCUCCUCCGUUCAAAGAAGUGCAGGACCUAUGGCUUGAUUUAAAGGAUCCUGAAGAUAACAAACUGACCUUGAAAGGUCUUCGAAAGCAGAUGAUCGGCGAAGAGAGGCCACGGUUUGUGAAGCCUUACGUCUUGUACACCAUUGGCAAGUUGGUUUGCCCAGCGACACAACCCUAUGUUGAUCCCAAAUAUUUGGGAAUUGUUGUGGACAUACCUAGUAUAAACUCCAUAAAUUAUGCUAAACUAUCUCUCGACCACUUAAUGUCAAGUGUGAGGAAGUUUGUGAACGGUGCCGCGAACUUGGAGGGGAACCUCCCACUACUGCAGACUUGGUUCUAUGAGAAAUUCCGAGUCGACCAUAUUGAUUGCACCAUUUCCUAUCUUCAACGAGAUAAACCAUUGAUCCAAUACUGGGACGAAGCAAAGGCUGGAAAGGUGGACAAAAUAAUAUCGCAGAACUACGUAGGAGUAGGACAGAUGGUUGAGGACCUCAGGCGCCCUUGGAAGCCAGUGCGCAAGGAUCAUCGAUUUGGCAUAGGAAAGGACUUUAAUGAGGGUCAGAGAGUUGAUAAUAAUAUCAAGAAAACCUCAAAGAAUGUUGCUGCUAGUACAAAUGAAGUGCCAAAGUGUGUCUACAGCAACCCCAGCAAGAACCUUGCUGGGGAAUUUGAGAAGGUAAAGAAAACACCUGUGGACCCCCACAAAGGAAAAACAGACAGAGAUGACGCUGUGGACUCAUUUGGUAAGCGUUUUAGGAGUGACAGCAAGAACUUACCCUCCCAAUCUGAGAAGGUGAAGAAAACAUAUGCACACCCCCAGAAGUCAAAGACUGAAAGAGACGAUAGCAAGAACUUACCCUCCGAAUCUGAGAAGGUCAAGCCUACGUCCAUGGAUGACAUGGACUCCAUAGGGAGGCGUGUCAGACAUGACGGCCGGAAGAAAAAGAAGUCCUCACUCCUUCAGAGCGAGGAAUACGAAUUUUACACCCCCGCGCUCAGAAAGAAAAGAGCUCUAUCUCAACAGACACAUGACAGUAACGAUGUUAUGUACACACAGAAUAAGAAGAUGAAUCCCGGGAAAAGCAACAGCCAGCAGCUAAAACAGCUCAAGGAGGACUUGAUCAAUUUUCAGGCAGAAACAGAUCGAGUUACACAGAAUAUAGUAGCAGAUUAUGUAAACAGUACUCCAGAGACCGCCAAGUUGGUGAAGAUCAAGGACAUACUUCUAACGCAGAAGUAUCUUAAAUGCCUUACAACACCAGAUCAUUCCUCCUUUGCAGCUUGGGUGGAUGAUGAUGUACUCGAUGCGGCAAUCGAACUCCUACGUCUGGACGGACUAGAAGGUGUACGAGAUCAUGGUACCGUGUAUGUCGAAAGGUCGACCAUCGUCAACAUCCUGAAGAGAGAUGGCACAGUCCCGAAUUGUACCUUGGAUGUUUUAAGCGGCAAAUCAGGCACUAAAUGGGGAGAUAACUACCUUAAACAUGACAUGAUUUUCCUACCUUCAAAUAUUCCCAAGAACCACUGGUUCCUGGCUGUUGUCAACUCCCAAAAGAGGGAGAUUCAAAUUCUGGACUCACUCCAAUCACGCAACAACCGGAAAGAAGUAAUUGCUGCGCUUCUUGGAAUGGAAACACAUAUUGAUAUAGCAGUGAUGGAAAAUGGAUUGCAAGGAAGUAGAUGGCCGGACACUCAAGUGGCUUCGUGGCCUAUCAAAGACUAUGAAGUGCCACAACAAACAGAUGGCUGUUCCUGUGCUCUCUGGGUGUUGAAAUUCAUCCAAUAUUGGACCGGAGUGAGAUUGUCGGCAAUAUUCAACCAGGUAACUACAUCUUCCCUAUCUAACUUAACUUUCACAUAUACAAAGGGUCCUAACGUCUACCUCCUAUGCAGGAUGACAUAA